AGGUGGUGGUGCACUUCUAUUAGGCCAAUUCACAACAAAAAGUCAGUGCAGAGUCUUUGAGUGUGAGUAAUAAACUAAUCAGUCACUUCACAUUUUAUGCACUUAAUUUCAUGUACUGAAUUUUAAGAUUCGCGGUGCUCCACUAGAGAUUUCAAUAAUUUUAUCAACUGAUGAUUCACAUAAGUGUCAUGAUUCACACUAUACCCUUUAAUUUUAACUCUCACACACAAAGUAAAAUCAUAGAAUGAAAAGAUUGUGUCCAGUCUUCAUAUUUUUAUUAUCACCAUGGACCAUAGACAUGUGGCAUCCUUGCUUUGCCUUCAAGCUUUUUAAGAUAAUCUUGCAGUUCAGGUGUGUAUAUUAUUUCUCAUUGAAUUUCGUAUUAUCGUGUGUAAACUUGCGUGUAUUCUUUAUAAAAUUUAAUUCAGACAGUGUGAUUCAGUAUUAGUUACUCUAACACUAAAUUGUGCAGCACUAACUUUUCUUUUUGUUGAUCUUUACAGCCCCCAUUGGUACAUAGCCGGUAGCGUCGACCCCUCCAUUUUCUCUUUUUUUUUAAUUCACCCUGCAUGCCAGAUAGCAAUUUUUCAACUGAAAGCAUAUUCAUAAGAAACAGUCCCCAUAAUUUAGAUGUUAGCUAAAGGACCUUUAAAGAUGUUCAUCUCUGAAUGCCAUCACGAGCAACGCCGUGUAUAUUGGUUAGUUUUAGGAAAAAUUAAAUAAUGAGUUCAUUACCAUUCAAUACCGGUUUUUUGAAUAUGGAUAAUCAAGUGUAUGUGUAUUAAGUUAGAUCUCGUUCCUUUCACCCGUGCUGGAGCCUUUAUUUGGAAUAAUUAUACACCCAAAUAAGGGGAAAAAAGAAUUUUGGGCCCCUAUACAAUAACAGAACAUCUAAUUAAGUCCACCACCCACCCCCCUUUAUUAUAUACAACAAACACAUUUGGAAUAAUUAUCAACCCAAAUAAGGGGAAAAAAGAAUUUUGGGCCCCUAUACAAUAACAGAACAUCUAAUUAAGUCCCCCCCCCCCCCCCCUUUUUUAUAUACAACAAACCCGCCCCCCCCCCCUUCCCCUCCUCUCUUCGUAUCUAAUUCUUUUUGCUUGAAAAUUUCGUUAGCGUACCAACUUAUUGGUGAUCAAGAAUCUGGCAACAGGGAACUAAGUACAAAACAAAUGGAGCUAUAGAAGGUUUCGGGAUGUUCAAAGACGAAAAUAAGCGCUGUAUAAUUCAGUAUUAACUAUUAGUUAUCUAUCCCUGUCUGUGUAAUUUAAUGAAGAAUGCACAUAAGUUUACUUGCGAUAAUACAAAAUUCAAUCAGAAAAAAUAUAUGCACCUGAACUGCAAGAUUACCCUUUUUAAAAUACUAUGUUCUUUGUCCUUAACCUUCUUUAGAUUGGCUUAUAUUUUAAUUUGAAUAUAUAAUAUAGCAAUACCCUUGAGUAGCCUAUGCCUAUACAGGCUGUUACUGUUAUGGUCCAACACAAGCAUACCAAAAGCCAGCCAUACUUAUGAAUAGGACUAAAAUUAUAUUUAGACAUUUCAGGUCUAGACUUCAAAAAUUUAGUUUAAGUUUGUUUUCAAGUAGUCCAUUUAUUAAGCCCUUUCAGCCCUAGCUAUACAUCAUAUAACAUGUCCAUAAAAUCUAUUAAUUUAAUGAUAAAGAGAAUAAGGUCUAGUCUGAGUGGCUAUUGUUUCCUUUUCUUCCUGACCAGAUGAUGAUUUCAGAAUUCGUCAUUUGCUUUCUAGUUCUUUUAGAUUCGUGUUAUGCAGGCAUGUGUGUGUUGUCUUGUCUUUAAGUUAUCACUUAAUUACAUGUGCUCCUUAUUUCCAUAUUAUACAAGAUCACCAUUGCCACUUAUUCAUUUUGCUUGUGGUUCCUAUGGGGCUUAGGUUGUAGUGCUGCCUUUAAUGCAUAAUAAUUAAAGGACUGCAUUCAAGCUAAUGAUAUAGCAGAACGAGGUAUGUUAGCUUCUGACAACAAUGGAUAUUUCUUGAGUUGUCCUGUGCGUGCUGAAGAAGGCUCUAUGCAGAAACGAUCAAAUCUUGUUUUCCUGUUAAUUGAUUCAAGUUUCGUUGUGCUAUUUCAUUGCUUUUAAUGCACAACUUUCCAAUUUAGUGAUAGUAAGUAAAUAUUCCAACAUCAAACCAAAUGUAUAUUAUUUAGGCAUCUCUUGAUCUGAACUUUGGGUUGGAGAUGCAAAUUAUGUUGGCAUUUUCCUUUGCUGUUAAUGUUAACUGCAGCAGAGUUGUAUAGCCUGUUAUACUCUGACUAUAUUUUUGCACAAUAAAUAAAUAGGCAGUUAAUGGCUUAUUCUGCCAUUUUGCAGAUUGGUAACCUGGUUUUUUUUUGUUUUUUUUGUUUUUUUAAAAACCAAUUAACCUGUAAAUCAUUCUUAAGUUAACAAUGUACUUCCUAGUGCAGGGGUGAGCAAAUUUUUUGUGCUGAGGACCACAUUGACAAAAGCUAUUGGAGGCCGCAUGUAUUUUAUGUCCAAUUUUUACAGGUUGAUCAACAUUUAUCCAUAUUAUAGGUAAAUUCACAUUUUAACACUGCAUGAUAAAAGUCAAUAGAAAAUUAGAAAGAACUUUGAUUUAAAAAAUGUUAAAACAAUAACGGUACAUGAAAUUCUGUAACAUUCAACAAAAUAACUUAAAAGCAAAGUAAUUUUUGUAUUUCUAAAUGCCUUCAAGGGCUGCAUAAUAUCAGUUGCUGGGUCAUAGUUUGCCCACCCCUGUCCUAGUAGAUGGUAGAAGUCAAUCUAGGUUGUUUUAAUAGAAUCUUGGAUGAUUUUCUGGGAAUGUUCAAAAGGUAUACGGUCAAAACCGACUAUCUUUACUAUUAGGCAGCGACCCUCUUAACCUAUUGCCAUUUUUGUUUUUUCUGUGACCUUGUUAAGACCGGGGUCUGUGCACCUUGAAUUAUUAUAGAUUAAGCUCUUCCAGUAUUUUACACAUGAACUUAGUUGCGUUAUCCCAGCUAUCGCGUUACCCAGCUAGUUUACAAUAUUUCUAGAGUCUGUUCUUUAAAUUACCUAAACUUGAUACCAAAUCCUAAAUACAUUUUGAUACAUUUUCAUUUCAGACUUAUAAAACAGGCUUGAUCUUUCUUCCCCACCCCAUAUAGACUCUAACAAUGUCUGGUAAGUUGGGGCCUCUUAGCUACACACAAUCUGGUAAGUUGAAACCAUUUCCAAAUUUUUUUGUUCUCUUCUGUUGGUUUAUAUGUGAGGGACCUGUUAGUCCACAUUUGUGUCAUCCGUAUACUCUAAUGGGUAACUUUGUGUUUUUUAUCUUAUCUCUAUUUAUAUGUGCUCAUGCUGCCCAACUUUUCUGAAACUACUACCCUAUUUGCUAUUACUCACAAAAUCAUAAUAAAAAUGUUCUGAACACUUGAUAUUCACCUAAAAUUCUGUUGUACAGCAGAUAAAAAAUAUCGAGGUGGUGGGGGCCCUCUCAAUUUCAGCCCACUUCAUACGCUUUAAGUAGCUUUUUUGUAAUGUGUGUCUUCUCUUUACAUUUUAGUUUUAAUUAAUUGGGGGAUGCAAAAUUAUGGGAGACUGCAAUCACACACUUGUUAAUAUCUGUCGCAGAAAAGCGGUUGCAAUGACAUGGGGACCACUUACAGAAAAAUCCAAUCGCAACCAGUUUUUAACUUAUAUUCAUUCGGAGUGAAAUAAAUAUGGUAUAUAUGCGAAGCAUUAUCAAGAAUUUGACUCAUCAUACAUCUUUAUUUAUUUAAAAGGAUUUCAUGAAUUGAAUAAUUUUAAAGAUGCAUUUAUUGGUUUAUUAUUUAUUGGUUUUUUUUUUGUUUUUUUUUUGUUUAAUUUUUAAAAAUGAAUUUUUAAAAAAAUCUAUCAUGAUUAAAAUGGCCCAAUAACCGGUUUUGAAAAUCAACUAGUCAGUUAUUAGUUUCAAAAACGUUUGCCAGCAAGCUAUCCGGUUAUCAAUUAACAUCCUUACUCAAUUACUCAAAACACAGUAAUUCCGUCUUGUCUACAUCAUCAUAAGUGUCCAUUUCCACUUUUAUAUUGUAACACAAUUUACUGUAACUUAAAUAUUUUACAUUAAUAAUCCUGUUAAUAAAAUGUGACCAAUCGCUGGAAAGUCUGCCUUCUUUCUCACAUUUGUUUGUUGGGGUCCAAAGUUGUUGCAUCUUCUGCAUCUGGCCAGAAUUGUCUAAAUUGUCUUCAGACUAUGGUAAAACUGCAGGCAUUGUUUAAUGGUCUGAUCUGCCUGGCUUCAGUAUGUUAAGUCAGGAUUGUUUCUUUCCAAAGAGACCAGUAUCAGAAAAUACUAUUAAGGCAUCUUUAAAGUUUCAUGGUAGUUGCAAUUGUGGAAAUACGUCUGUGAUAACAAUUUCAUGGUCGCAUCCUUCAGUUUGUUCAGUAGGUCUCAACCUUGUUUUGGUGCAGUGACCCCUUUAAUAUUUUCAAAGGGGUGACGAUCAACAACCAGGACUACCUUUAAAAUAACGAAAAUAAUGAAAUAUUAUUUUUUAGAUUUAUAAAAAAAAUAUGAGUAGCAAUUUUUUUAUGUCAAAUCUCAAAAUAAAGUAAAAUAAGUCCACAAAAAAAUUAAUUUAAAAAGUUAGAAUGUAUACCGGGUAUUAAAAGCUUGAUUAUGCUAGAUGAGAUAUUCUGGGGCUUGUCUUAGCGAGAGCUCAACACAGCUAGACUUUAACAAGAGGUCUACACAAUUAUGGUUAGCAUAUUUUAGCGGAUAUAUUAUUUUUGGUCCUUUGCACGCGAUAUAUUCAGCGGUGAGUAAGCAAGUGUUUUACUGUUCUUGGAAAGCUUAUUCGCAUGUGUUUUUGGGUUCUUUUGGAAUUUGAGGCAUUGCAAGUUGAUGUGGAUGGAUUCCAGGGACACAUUAAGGCCUUUUUUUUAUUAUUACUUUUUGUGCCCACCAAUUGAUUAUUUUUCCUUCCCUCUGGAUAGUUCACCAUACAUUGUCUGUUCUCGAGCAAAAUGUGGUAUAUUUAUUAGCUGACCCUUUGGAGGUUUGCAACCCACUGAUCCAGAAUUUGCAGAGUUAGAUAUUCAGUCGCAGUAGAGGACAGCUAAAAUCUACUGCAGGGGGUCAGAGAGAAAGGUGGAUAGUUCUGUCAGAUCUGCGCAUGUGGAGCUAGUUUGAUACCUUUUUUUUUUGUGCUCGUUGUAUGCUCUUCUUCAGACCUGUUUACUCUUACGAUUUUGGUGCACAUGUACGAUUUUGAGGUGUAUAAUGUAUAAUUAUUUUUUUACUAUUAAGAUAAUGUAUUGAAUGGUUUUUUGAUGAUAUUGUACGAUUUUAAGAGUUUGAAGGUAAACAGAUCUGAAUCUUAUAUCUUUUUUUGUGUCUUGUUCAGAUUUCAUUGGGAAAGUUAAAGUUUAAAUUCACAGCGAUGUUGUUAUAAAAGAGGAUUUAAAACAAUUCUUAAUUUUUAAAAUCUGUCUUUAGCUUUGGGACACAUUACUAGCUUUUUUUUUUCCAAGUGGGAAAGAAGUGUAUGUUUUGGAUUCUGUGCCCUUUUAAACCUCAGUUUAGGAUCCUCUUGAAGUAGGCUGAUACGUUAGUUUUUGUCAGACUCCAGCUUGUCCUUUCCAAGUUAUAAAUGGGGUUUGUCUCCCCUGGUAGGUUGCUGAUUGGGCUUUUUUUUUUAACUUGUGGAAAUAUAAAUGCUUUGUGUUAAUAUACAUUAUGCUAGAAUCAUAUGCCCAUUUCCAUUCGAGUUUAUAGGCUGUGCAUCUGGCGUUCAACUCUUAAAGCAUCUUUGCCUAGCACGCAACUUUCAGACCCCUGAAUGUCCCCAUUUAUAAUACAUGGGGGGGGGGUGUAAGCACGGUAGUUGGGGAAAACUGGCUUGAAGGUUGUUGCCUUACUCAACCAACACAAUAAAAUUGUAAUCUGAUUUAACUGGAGUCUUUAGUUAAGCAUAUGUUUUUACUUUUCUAUCAUUUUAAUAGAUGUGUAUAUAGGAAUAUUGGUACAAAAUACUAUUUAGUAAGGCACAUGUCUUUUUUCUUUCGUAGAAAAAUCAAAGGAAGACCCAGUGGAGGAUGAAGAAGAGGAAGAAGGCGAAGAAGAAGAAUUUACUGUAGAAAAAGUGGUGGAUUCACGAAUGCGGGGUGGAAAAAAAGAAUAUUUGUUAAAAUGGAAGGGUUAUCCAGAGUAAGUCUCUUUAAAACUUGUUUAAAAUUUACCUUUGAUUUAAGCUUUAAGGUUAAGAUUGUAAACAUCUAUAAUAGUUGGAAACAAUUAUACUUAUUUCUUGUACCGGUAAUAGAUAAAUAGACAACUUCAUCUCUACGUUGUAAAUUUAAAUUAUGAAUAGAUGGUAUUUAAAAAUAUCAUGAGUUAACUUAAAUGAACAAAUUUCAGCUCUGAGAACACUUGGGAACCAGAAGAAAAUUUAGACUGCCCAGAUUUAAUUGCAGCAUUUGAAGAGAAAAAAAAGAAAAAAGACUCAGAAAAGGGUGCCAAGAGGAAAAGUACUUCUAAUGGUGCCAAGGAUGAUGCAAAAAAGAAGAAAAAAGAUGUAGGAAAAUCAGUAGUAUGUAUUGUAUUAGAAUUUUUCAUAUUGCAAUAAUUCAACUUUCUUCCAGUACAAUUUUUAUAUUUAAAAGAAAAAGAUUAUAUACAAUACAGUCCGUUGGAGCCAAACCAACCCCAUUUCGAGGUUGUUUACUAUCGUUCUUAGCACAGCAGAAAUCCAUUGCCCAUUACUAUUUAUAAUUCUACAAGUUGUGAUUUUUUCGCUGUAAAAAAUGGCUAUCUAAGCCUUGUAUACACUUUUAAAAGAACUUAGACCUAAUGAAGCUUCACUAUUUCAUGAGUGGGAGGGUCUCUGAAACUAUUUUUAGGUUAACUUUUGCUUUAAUCAUUUAUUUUUAUUUAGGUAUUUUUUAUUUUCUUGCUUCUAGUUUAUUUUCUGUAAAUUAAUUAGAUAAAGAACCUUCAUUUAAAAUGGAGUUAUGUCCCUUUGCUUGGGCGCUGGAUAGGCUGAAUAGGCUUGGACUGUAAAGGGUUAAUAACAGAUUAACAAAGGCUUCAGUGACUCGAUGUUAUAAAGUUUAAAAGGCAUCUAUUUUAAAAAUAUAAAUUUAUACAAUAUGCAAAUGGUGAAUUCUUACUUAUUUACUUGGGCAUACGCUGUCUACAAGAAUUUUCCCUUCAUAUGUGUCCUGUGCUUUUCUUUGUAUUUGCUUCCUGGUGUAUCCCAUACUUUAGGUGUCUUCCCUUAGCUCGCGUCCAUAUUUUUUGGCCUUCCUCUCUUCCUAUUUGCCUGUGGAUUCCAUGUUAGGGAUUGGAUUGUAAUGUUAUCUGGGGGUUUACGAAGAGUGCGCCCUAUUGACCUCUAUCUUUUCCUUAUGUUACCAGCAAUAGAUUCUUGCUAUGUCCUUACCAGUAAUUUUAUGUUCAGUGUCUUUCUAAGACAAGUGAUUCACCUUGUUAAGUUCUGUCCUUUCUGCGUGAUGCUCGUUGUCGGUCUCCAAGUUUUGAAUUUGCCCGAUGUUAAUCAGUCUUGUGUGUUCAUUACACAAUAGUCUGAAACUGAGCGUUUGGGGAACAUUUCCCAAGCGCUCACCAAGGUUUCCACUCUGAAAGAAGUUGAACCAUGGCUAGUAUUGGACCAAUGCCUCAAAGACUAACCCUGGGUGAAACCUCCUAUGAUCUGCAUCUUCCCAUAAACCAUCCACUCCCUCUGUAAAACUGUUAGUACAUUAAGUUUUUACCUUAGAGGGAACCUGAAUAGUUUUUUUCUCAACUUGCAGGAUACAGAUAACAAGCCUCGUGGGUUUGACAGGGGGCUUGCUCCUGAACGAAUAAUAGGUGCAACAGACAGCAGUGGGGAGCUCAUGUUUCUCAUGAAGUGGUAAGAUUUAUUUUUCUCAAUACAACUCCAACUGCCAGAUCCGGCCAACUGUUGCCAUGUAGAUAGCAAUAAUCAUAUUAAUGAAGAUCUCGCAAGAAUGGAGACCAAGGGAUCUUACAUGGUUUUUUUUAUCUCACAUGUAAGGGUAUUCAUUAUUUUAAUAGCAUAAUUUUAUAUCAUUGAAAUGAACAGCAAAAUAGAUUUGUUUUAUAUAUUUUUAGACCAAUCCACAGUGAAGGUGAAGUUCUCUCUUUGCUAGGGUUGUAAAUUGUAAACAUUUCUGAGUGCUCAGAAUUGAACGGGUUAAGCUGACCGCUGGUCGGAAUAAACAGGAUAACUUCCAGGUUCUCUUUUAACUAUAUAAAACAUAUAAGUAAAUCUAAUGCUUUUAGCUCAGCUGUUGAAAGGUUUUUAAAAAUGAAUAAGUACUUUUGGGUAUCAGAAUGCAAAAAGAACCGUUCCAGGACCCUGUUCCAAGACAAUAGUUUUCCUUUUAAAAUAAAAAUGAACUGAUUUUAUCCUUUCCUGUGGCUCACACACUCAUAGAUCCCAGUCCUUUUCUUCAAAAUAUUUUCAGUCGUUUGAGGCAUCCCUAACUUAGCAAGAUCUGUUUUCAUGCUAAUCAAUAAGAUAUUUCUUAACUUCAAUUGUAGCUCUAAGAGCUGUCCUUACUCAUGUUUUCCUUAGUACACUUUUUAAGAUCCAUAGUGAAUACAUCAGACCUGUUUGCUCUUAUGAUUUUGGCUUAUACUGCAGGAUUUGAAAUGUCUGUUAUGAUUGUACGCCAAGACUUGUCAGAACUACGUUUUUAAAAGACUGGGUUGAACAUAUACACAUUCCGGUUGUUUUUCCUGUUUUUUUUUUUUUUAAAAUAAAUUAAUAUUACAUUAGCUCCUUAGUACAUCCAGCAGUGAAUGAAUCAAGAAAUACUAUUUGUUGGACCAUCUAUAAUUACAUCAAAGGGAAGGGGGGUUGGGGGGGGGGGGGGCAAUAUUUUCCAGUAGAGUCAAUGAACUCCUUAGAUACACUCAGUAGAUGACUAUAUAUCUUUUUUAAUGCUGUGCACUUACAAUUCAGGAAUGCAAUUAAUUCAAAAUUUAUUUCUUUUUUAAAAAAGUUGGGUUCAUACAACAGCCUCCCCAAUCGGUUAUUAAUUGUUAUACAUAUUUUAUUUACCAAACAGGAAAGACAGUGAUGAAGCAGAUCUAGUUCCUGCUCGACAAGCUAAUGUGAAAUGCCCACAGAUAGUUAUAGCUUUCUAUGAGGAGAGACUUACUUGGCAUACACACAAUGAUAACGACGAUGAUGACAAAAAGGGGGACUGAAGUGAAAGCAUGAUAUCAUUUGUUUUGUUUUUGUAUGUUUGUGUUAGACUUUCGUAAGAAAAUCCAGUCAUAUUCUAAUUAAGCCAUUGUUAAGAAUCGCCUGGAAAUUUAUAUUAAAUGCAGAUACUAUUUGUGCUUCUUCUAAAAUUAUUAUGAAAUCAAUAUAAUAUCUGCUAUCUGAUAUUUUAAUUGUUUAAACAUACUUUUUAAAUAUUUCUAUUAUCUUAAUUGGAAGAAAUAUUGGAUUUAUGGCUUUUUUUUUUUUUUCUUUUUUUUUUUAAACUUAGACUUACCGAUUUUAAACUUUUAAGGUUUUUUGGUAAAUUUUUUUUAAAUUAAUUUUAACUAUUGCUUUUUUUAUAUAUCUGAUAUUUUAAUUGUUUAAACAUACUUUUUAAAUAUUUCUAUUAUCUUAAUUGGAAGAAAUAUUGGAUUUAUGGCUUUUUUUUUUUUUUCUUCUUUUUUUUAAACUUAGACUAACCGAUUUAAAACUUUUAAGGUUUUUUGGUAAAUUUUAUGUAAAUUAAUUUUAACUAUUGCUGUUUUGAAUAGAAGAUGUCUAUGAGAACAAAAAAAUAUAUUAUUUUUUUUUUCCUUCUAUUAAUUUUGCAUUGAUUCGGUUUUGAAAUGAAUGUUCUAUAGAAAGAGUGCUCUACAAAUGUCACCCUCGUUGAGAUAAUCAUAGUAUUCUACAGUUUUGAAAAACUGGUGCAGAUUUCUAAACAAUCAUUUCUUUUAGUCUCAACACUUAAUUAUCACAGAUAUAAAAAAAAUGGCUGAGCUGCAUUACUGUAUGAUAAACCUAUUGUAAAUUGUUUUUAAAAAAUCAUAUUGUAGUAGUCUUGAAAUGCUUUGAAGUAUUAGACCAUUAAAAUUGUGUACUUUUAGGUUAUCAAAAUCCUCCACAUCCAUGAAGGGUGAUUAGGCAAUGUUCUUUUUGGGAAGAAGCAAGCGUUAUGAAAGACAAUGAAUCUUAUUUAGAGGGUGGGAUUAUGAAAGUGUACAAUUUGUGCAUGAAUAAUAGAUACAUUUUCUGCUGAACGUGGUUUAAAAUUUACUUCCUUUCUUGAACAUAAACGUCCUUUGAAGUACAGAUAAAUUCACUUGGGUUUCUCAAGAAGAUGAAUUAUUAUAUCAUUUAUGUGAUGGACCCUGUUCAUGGCUUAAUCUUAGGUAUUUUGACUGGUCAGCUUCAUUUAUAUCAUUCAGUAGACCUUUCAAGGUUAUUUUAGUGUUCAAGCUAUGUGAAUGUGUAAGAGAAUUAAUGUUUUAUUGUCAUAAUUUGCAUUUAUAUUACCAUACAUCACUUGUGUUGUAAAUGUCAAUUUAUUAUCCUGUUUUUCUAUAUUUUUUUUAAAAAUAAAAUUUUAAUCAUGAUAAACGUUUUACUAAGAAACUUUCUUUUUUUUUUCACAAUCAAGCAGUAAAGUUUUGAACUAUUUAGUAGAAGUUGUUGAUCUCAGUUGGAAAUAUUUUUUUUAAAAAGACACUUCCAUUAAGUUUCCUAACGAUUCCAUUCAGUCCCAUCCUACUAUUUCUAUCUGAGGUAAAAUCUUUCAACCAUAAACAAAAAAAAUCUGCUUUGUUUUAAAGUAGUGAAUUAGCCACAAACAAAAACACCCUUGACACCCCCCCCCCCUAUUUUUUGUUUCAAUAAUUGAUUUGUUUAUAAAUCACUUACGGUACCGGUAAUUAUUUUCAUAUUUGAAAUAUCUUAAUAAAGACAAUGUCAUUUUGAAUGUAGUUGCCGGUCCGCCCAUUGUCAUUUUUAGGGUCAAAAUAUAAUUAAUCUGGCUUUGGUCGCCAUUGUCAUUUUUAGGGUCAAAAUAUAAUUAAUCUGGCUUUGGUGCCCGGUGUAAUUUCGCAACUUAUCCAUGGGUCCGCUGAACUUAAAAUUUGGAAAACGCUGAUCUAGAACUAAGAAACUGAAAAUUAGGGUAUCUCUUUUUAUUAUGUAUGCAGGCAUUCUGUUAAGUAUUGUCACGAUUACUCCACAUUUGUGUCAUCAUGUGACCUCAAGAAUUUCUUUCAACAUGGAAUUGAUUAAACUAUUUUCAUACCAUUUAACGCCAAUUUAAAGUUGGAUUCAUUUUUGUAUGAUUUGGUAGGCUUUUUUGUAUCCCUUGCUUGAUAUGAAUUUUUCAUUUUGUAAAUACAGCCAUUAUUCAUUCUGAUGAUUGAGGGGGUAUACAAUAUUGUCUUCAAAUUAUCAAAAACUUUAAUAUUAGUUGAUCCUGUUUAAUGAUGAAAGAAUAUAUUAGUAACAUAGAUAACAGCAUCUUUCUGUUGAUCUUUAAAUGGAUAAAAAAUCCAUAGAAAUGUCUAGAAUAGUUUAUCAUCAAUUUUUUUUUUUUAAUUUGUAUAUUGUCUGAAAUAAAAUUCAUGACCAAGUAAUUU